AUGUCUGAGGGAACUGGUGGUGUUAGCAUUAGAAGGCAGCAUAUUAACUGGUCAGAUGAUAGUGAUGAUGAGCAGAAAAAAGAUACCAAACUCGAAUCUGUAGAUGACUUGGAUGAUGAUGAAAAACAAAGAGAUGAGUUUUCGAAAAGACUGAAAGAUCAAGAUAAAACUGCGAAUAAAGCACCCAAACCACGAGCUGAUGAUACCACAGAUAUGAAAGAAUUGAGAAGACUAGCGAGGGAGCAGUAUCUAACUAAAAGAGAGAAGGACAAGUUCCUACUUUUGAAACGAGAGGUUAAUGAACUAGAGGAAGAUGUAGCCAAGUAUGGAUGGGAGAAUUUGACAGAGAAGGAACGCUCUGAAAUCAGUUUUAAGAAGGAAAUUUUAGAGAUCUUUGAGAAAAGAUCUGAACUUUUGAAGGACGGAGAAAACUACCAAUUGCCAGAUGAUUCCACAGCGGAUAGAAAGAGAAAGGCUGAUGUACUUUAUUCAAAGGAAAAAUAUGAGGCUACAAAACAAACCAGAGAUCAAGCUUGGGAAAGUCAACAGAUUAGAAUGGCUACUACUGGAAAAGAACUUAAUUUGGAGGAAUUUAGCCUGCCAGACAGUAAGAAUUAUGAUUUUGUCUUUGAUGAAAAGUUCCAUGUCAAUUUCACUGGAAACAGUGAAGAACCGGCUAUUAAACAAGCGGAACAGAUGGAGAUUCAAGAUCUUAAGAAUCAAGAGAUCCGAAAUAUCCAACAAACUAGAGAAUCCCUUCCUGUUUGCAGGUAUAGAGAACAACUUUUAGAGGCCAUAAAGGACCACCAAGUACUCAUAAUUGUCGGUGAAACAGGAUCAGGUAAAACUACUCAACUUCCCCAAUUUCUUCAUGAAGCUGGGUACACAAAAAAUGGAAAAAAAGUAGGAUGUACUCAGCCAAGAAGGGUAGCAGCCAUGAGCGUUGCUUCUCGUGUAUCCAAAGAAGUUGGCUGUCCUGUUGGAACUACUGUGGGUUACUCUAUCAGAUUUGACGACAGAUCCACUGAUCAGACAGUAAUUAAGUAUAUGACUGAUGGUAUGUUGUUAAGAGAGUUUCUCAAUGACCCUGAAUUAAGUAGUUAUUCAGCCAUGAUGAUCGAUGAGGCUCACGAGCGAACACUUCACACUGACAUUCUUCUGGGAUUAAUGAAAGACAUCUGUAAAUAUAGAAAGGAUCUGAGAUUAUUGAUCUCGUCAGCUACAAUGAAUGCGGAAAAGUUUAGCAAAUUCUUCGACGAUGCUCCAAUUUUCAACGUCCCUGGAAGAAGAUUUCCAGUUGAUAUUCAUUACACCAUUCAACCGGAGGCAAAUUACUUACAAGCUGCGAUAACUACAAUAUUUCAAAUACAUACGAACCAAAAAGAAACUCCUGGGGAUAUAUUGGUAUUUCUAACAGGCCAGGAUGAAAUUGAAUACAUGCAAGAAAACAUAACCGACAUAUGUCGCAAACUGGGGUCCAAAAUUCAAGAAAUGAUCAUUUGCCCAAUUUAUGCCAAUCUUCCCCCUGAAAUGCAACAGAAAAUAUUUGAGAAGACUCCUCCCAAUGCAAGGAAAGUCGUCUUAGCUACUAAUAUCGCAGAGACAUCAAUUACCAUUGACGGCAUCAAAUAUGUCAUCGACCCAGGAUUUGUUAAAGAGAAUGUCUACAAUCCUGCAACUGGUAUGGAGAGUCUGGUGGUGACUCCAUGCUCCCAAGCAUCCGCUGAUCAAAGGGCAGGUCGAGCAGGAAGAGUGGGCCCGGGUAAAUGUUUCAGAUUGUAUACGAAGUGGUCCUACGACAACGAACUGCCUAAAAAUCCUACUCCAGAGAUUCUAAGGACGAACCUUACCAGUGUGGUUUUAUUAUUGCUGACUUUGGGGAUCAACGAUCUCUUGCAUUUCGAUUUCAUGGAUGCACCUUCUCCAGAGGCCUUGAUGAAGUCUCUGGAGUUACUGUAUUCUCUAGGAGGGCUAAACGAAAAAGGCCGGUUGACAAAAACAGGAAGGCAAAUGGCCGAGUUUCCAACGGAUCCUAUGCUAGCAAGGACUCUACUUGCCAGUGAUCAAUACAAUUGUGUUCAGGAAGUUUUGACUAUAGUUUCCAUGUUGGGAGAAUCUAGUGCCUUAUUCUUCAGACCAAAGAAAAACAAAGCUAUGGCUGAUAAGGCCAAGCAAGCAUUCGUAGUCGAGAACGGAGGGGACCAUAUGGUAUUGCUAACAAUCUUCAAUCAAUGGGUGGACACAGGAUAUUCAUAUCAGUGGUGCAAGGAUAACUUCCUGCAAUUUAAAUCGCUAUCAAGGGCUAGAAACGUCCGAGAUCAGUUAGAAAGAGUGUGCGACAGAGUUGAAAUAUUGAAUCACAAAGAAAAAUCCGAACACGGAAUCUCAAACCCAGGACAGGAUAGCAAAAACAGCAAACUACUGCCGAUUCAACGAGCGUUCAUCGCCGGUUUCUUCCCUAAUACAGCUAAACUGUCUAAAAGUGGGACUUAUAAGUCGUUAAAGGAAAACCAGUUAGUGUACAUUCAUCCUUCCUCGACAUUAUUUAAAGCUGUACCACCUCCAAGGUAUGUUAUCUAUCAUGAAUUAGUCUUAACGAGCCAGCAGUUCAUGAGAAACUGUAUCCCCGUUGAAGAAAGACUUCUUACCCCAUAUUUGAAUAGAAUGUGA